UAAGCAUUCUACCUUGUGUUUAUGCACUUUGUUUUGCUCCUAUAUUAUUAGUAUUUUUUUAAGGGGAAAAAAAACUAGUUUUUCUUCAUUUCACAGUAAUGGAAGAUAAUCAAGGCCAAGACCCUAAUAGUCCAAGCAACCAUGCCACCGAAAGAAGCGAACCGGUGAGGUCACGGUGGACUCCAAAGCCAGAGCAAAUAUUGAUACUUGAGUCCAUCUUUAACAGUGGAAUGGUAAACCCACCAAAGGAUGAAACUGUGAGAAUAAGGAAACUUCUAGAAAAAUUUGGUUCUGUUGGUGAUGCAAAUGUCUUCUACUGGUUUCAAAACCGACGAUCAAGAUCUCGCCGCCGGCAACGCCAGAUGCAGGCUAGUCUGGUUGCAGGAGAGCAAACAAAUAAUCAACAGGCACAAGCUAGUGGUGGUGCAAUUCAAUAUAAAGGUUGUAACACUUCUAUUGGGUUUGCAAAUUCUCCUUCUUUUGUUCAAUCCCCGUCUUCUUAUCUUGUUGGUUCCUCUUCUUCUUAUGGAGUUGUUGAUGAAGAUCAUGGUGGAGAGAGUCUGUAUUCUUUCUCUAAUCAAAUGGCCUUUCAAGAAGUGGAGCAAACCUCUGGUGUAACUUCAAUUUUAUACCCAUCGGAGACUUCUAAUUUGCAUUACCAAACUGCUGGAUUCAUCACAGUUUUCAUCAACGGGAUUCCCACAGAAGUUCCAAGGGGGCCACUUGACAUAAAAGCAAUGUUUGGUCAAGAUGUAGUGUUGGUCCAUUCUUCUGGAGUGCCAGUACCCACUAAUGAAUUUGGGUUUCUAAUGCAGAGCUUGCAUCAUGGUGAAAGCUAUUUCCUGGUAAUCAUCUCUGGAGCAUAACUAUCCACUUGUGUGUUUCAGAGGCUUCCGAAGUCAAUUUGAACUUCUGAUCAUCUUUUUAUCCUUCUGAUCUUUCUUUCCUGUCUUCUGCUUCCCUCUUCUCCUUCGUCUUUGCCUUUGUAGUGCUUUCUCUAGGUGGAAGCUUGCUGUGGAGUAGUUUUUAGUCUAGUCAUUUAAUUAUUACCACUUUCUCAUGUUCAAAUUUAGUUAAUUCCUCACUUACCAUUUCUUGCUUAAGUUAGGCAGGAGAGAAUUUUUGGAAUUCCAUGAAAAACUCUCUCCUCUCUUGGUGGGACGAUUUUAUUUUUUCUUUAAUCAGUUCAAGAUUACAUAAGAUUGAUUAGUACUGUUUACAGUUGGCAAUUCCAAUGAAGUAUUAGUUUAAGGUUGCCAUUAGGGUUUCUAAGCAAGGUUUAGCAGUCCAUUAAUGCAUUUAAAAUUACGUUAUGAGAGUCCCUACGCUAUCUCUCUCCUAUAUAUUCCUUUUCUUCUUGGAUGCUUCAUGAAACAUACCUCAAAGAACUCAUUAAAAU